CUGAAAUUUUGCUCCUUUCUUUUUUCAGAGAACAUCUACAUAGAUAACGGAGAGUGGGUCAUCACUUUCCGCCACUGCACAAUCUCAAGAACCACUGCAAAUUUCUGUCUCUGUGUGUGGUUGUGUGUAUGCGUUGGUCUUUUGUGACUGCUACUUUUCAUGGUAAAGUGGAGGGGAAAAGUUAGUUGGACUCUCCCCUCUAACAUCCCUCCCCACUCCCGUAAUGAUACCGUGUCCAAAAAAACUCAACCGGGUCUCUCUCUCUCCCUCUCAGAGCAGGGCUUGGUCGUCAAAAUCUCAUCUUGUUUGCUUAUAUUUUGAAGAAGUCAGAGUAAUUUCUUCAGAUGGUUUUCACAAUGGAAACAAACUGUAGAAUCAGAAAAGGGAAAUGUGCCCUAUACCUUAGGUAUUCUUUAAAUUGUUGCUGAAGUUUAAGUACAUCACUAUGCCCUUUCUUGCUAGCAGGAGCCCUAUUUAUCUCCAAUUUCCAGUCGGAAUAAAGCAGAUAAGGAUCUUUGGAGUAGAUCCCUUGUUAUGGUUCACGCAUUUGAAGGCAACAGGGUUGACUGUGAAGGAAAGUAGGAAUACCAUGAGGAGCAUCUCCCCUGUCAAGUGCUCCCACAAUCGGUCUGGACAACCUAAUUCCAAUCAUGUUGAAAAGAAUGCAGGAAAGAAAGAACACCAUUUAUGGAAGAAAAGAGAUUCAACUAGCUCUGGGCAGAAGGCACUCAAUCUUGUUCGAAUUGUUUCUGGACUUCCAAAUGAGAAAGAGGCUAUUUAUGGAGCACUGGAUAAAUGGACAGCUUGGGAAACUGAAUUUCCAUUGAUUGCAGCUACCAAGGCUCUACGAAUUUUAAGGAAAAGGAACCAAUGGAUACGAGUAAUUCAAGUAUGGCACAUUCAAAACUCUUUUCAAAUUGUUGAGCUUGUGCAGAGGCCUAUGUGUGAUGACAUGCUACAACUUAUGCAAUUUUUGUUCUUAAGUUGCUUUUUGAACUUGCGCUAGGGGGGGAAGGAUGCCCAAGGUGUUGAAAUUUCUGC